AUGGAAGAAACAAGAACUGUAGAGACAUCUGAAACUUUUGAUGCAAGAAUGGAUCGGUUGGAGCGAAUGGUGGAGUUUUUGACAGAAGCACUAAGACAACAACAGAGACAGCCCUUUCCACUUCCGCCUCUGCCACCAAUUCUAGUGGAGCCACCUAACAACGAACAAAAGGUUUUGCUAGCAACCUUCACUCUGCAAGAGGAAGCAAGAAGAUGGUGGAUGCUUGAUCAGAAUCAGCAGACUGCCAUGUGUGUGAGAGACCGCAAGGUGAUAGAAUUUGAGCAGUUGAAGCAGGGUACUAUGAUAGUAGCGGAGUAUGAAGCUAAAUUCACAGAGCUUGUGCGCUAUGCACCACAUAUGGUAGACACCGAAUAUAAGAAAGCCACGAAGUUCAAAGGUGGUUUGGAUGUUGAGGUCCUUGAUCGAGUUAAUGUACUCAAGUUAGAAAAAUACGUUGAUGUUUUGGAUAGAUCCAUCAUAGCUGAGGCAAAUGUUGUCGUACUAAGACAAGCAAAGGCACCAGUGGUUGAAUGGAAGGGUAAAAGGCCGGGAUCUAAUUUCAAGAAGGGUUGGAACAACUUCAACAUCCAACCAAACAAAAGACAGAAUACGGGAUCAUUUCCUAGUUCAAGCCAAGGGAAUGAUAUACCCAUUUGCCCGGAAUGUGGAAAAAGACAUAAGGGAGUUUGUCGUAGAAUUUCAGGUGCAUGCUUCCGGUGUGAGAAAAUAGGCCAUAUGAUCAAGGAUUGUCCUUUAGUGUCCCAGAGUACAAGCCAGCUUAAGGCUAGUUCAACUGCGUCUGUGUCAACACCACGGGUAACUUCGAAAGCAACUACAAUUAAGGAAACUCUAAAACAAGGACGGGUUUUUGCGUUGGUGCCGAGUGAUGUGUAG